AGUUAUUAGACAUGAAGCAAUAAAAAAAAAUCUCUUUAGCUGAACACUUAACUGGUCGCAAUAUUAAAUGCUAUCAGCAUAACGAACCUCUGGGCUAUCUAGACCUUUCGAGAGUAUGUGAAGAUAGGUCGAGAUUGAAAUGUAAUUAAUGCAAGUUAAAUUAAUACUGCGUUACUAUUCCUUAAUUCAAUACCAUUUGUGAUUAAAUGACUAAUUAGAAUGAUAAUGAUUAGAUUAUGAAGGCCUAUUUAGAAAUAUUUUAAAAUAUUUAAAAAACACUUAAUUAAAUGAAUGAAAAAGUUUUGAGCAUAAUAUCUAAACAAAAACAGGAUAACAACUUUAUUAAGAAUUUAAAAUUGUACAAUGAAAUUGUCUAUUCAUAUGAUUUCAAAGUAAGUAUUGUUUUAAUUUUAGUAUGCAGCCAUUAAUUCAAUAAGGGGAUUUGGCCUGUAAGAAAUUGAGUUUCUAGCUUAAUGUAUUUCAGAAUAGGUUGAAUUUGGGGAAAAAAAGAAAAAUGUGGUUGUGAAAAAACAAGGUUUAGAUGAUUAAAAAUAGGCUGAGUCAAAUUAAUACUUAGAUUUAGUAUAAUAAUUAAAUUAGAUGAUAAGUAGUUUUGUAAUAUAAAAUAAUAUGUGUCAUACUCAAAUGCAGUAAAAUGUUAUAAAAAAUGAAUUAAAUGAAUAAGUUAAACCCAAUGAAAAUGAUCAGAUAUAAAUUUUUAAUUAGGAGGGACAAAUAUUAAGAUCUAACUCAAAAUUACCAAUAGCUGAUCUUAAAUUAAAUUUUGAUUAAACUAUUCUAGCUGCAAGGUUUUGUGAGCCAUGCAAAAACCUUUUAUUUUGGAAAAAAGAUAAUUAGUCGAAUCAAUGGGUUAAAUUGCAAAACUUAGAAUGUUAUACAAAAUCCUUAGUAUACUUUACAUUCAGUAAAUUAUAAAACUUUCUAAUAACUAGUGGAUCGGAUUUAUAUAAUGCGACUAGGGCUCAAUUAAAAAUAUGGAUUUUGAAAGAUGAUUCUUGGAUUAUUAAGCAAUCAAUUUUUACUGACUUUUAGUCAGGACUUGGAUGUCAAAGAGUUUCAUGUGUUGUUAUGAAUUCUACUGAAUCUGAAAUAUUCUUUGCUGAGGGAAUUCGUAUUGGUGCUAUAAAAAUAAAGCAUUUUCAUUUAGAAUUAAAAUAUUGCUUAGAAAAAUCAAGUGAAUUGAUUACUACUAUUAUGAUAUCAAGUGAUGAUAAAAUAUUAGCUAUUGGAGGCUGUGAUUAAAAGGUAACUCUCUGGAAAAUCGAGGAGACAAAAUUAACUUAGAUUCAAUAGUUGAAAUUGUACAACACUCCUAAGAAUAUCCUAUUUAGUGUAAAUGAUCAAGAUCUAAUUAUUGGUACUAAGGAUGGCUUGGUUCAUUGUUUUAAGAACAAUAACAAUUAGCAAAAAAAAUAAUAUAUAGAAACUCAAAAGAUUUUUAAUAAUAUUGCUAAAAUUAGAACAAUUAACUUUAAUUUUGAUUCAUCAGUUUUAGCAAUAGGAGGAGAAACUAAUAUUGUUUAAUUAUGGAAGAAGAAUCAAUAAAAUGAGUGGAAACGUUUUAAUGAAUAUAAGUAGGACGAUUUCAUAGAGGCUAUUUGUAUUUCAAAAGCUCCUGAAUUUGUUUUCGCAUCAAAUAAUAAUGAAAUUUAUAUACAUCAAAUAUUUUGA